GAACUGAUACCAACGAGAAAACGGCUUUCAUUGAUUGAGCAGUUGUGAAAAUUCUCUCUCAACUCGUUUUCAGUUUCUCUCACUCUUCUCUUCUUUUCCCUCUUCAACACGAUUCAUUCCACCAAAUUUCAAUUUCAUUUUCAUUUUCAUUUAUAUUUAUAUAUAAACACCAACACCAACAUUCUCUUCUAAUCCAAAAUCCAAAUUCAAUUUCUUCUACUUGCACCUCCCUCACCAUGGCAGGUGCAAACUCAUCAUCUCAUCAUCACAAACCCACCGUAACAACCACUUCUUCCUUCUCUCGUCUCCUCGUUCUUCUAACCGUUCUUCCUCUCACCCUUGCCGCUUUCGCUUUCAUCCUCCAAUGGCGCGGCGGUGUCACCGACCCCGUCACCCGUUGGUCACCCGAUCAAAACCUUUUUCCCGGCAUGUCAAUUUCUACCAAUCAUCUUCAAUCUCAAUCUCAUCGUUCUCGUUCCGAUUGUUCCAAUCUCAUCGCUAAUACUCAUUCUCCUUCGUUUCCUUACUUCCGUGAUUGGAAACUCGAUUAUUCCUCCGAUCUCUCCCCUAAGAUAUGUAUUACGACGAGUACUUCUGCUGGUUUAGAGCAGACACUGCCAUGGAUAUUUUAUCAUAAAGUUAUGGGAGUUUCGAGUUUUUUACUUUUUGUUGAAGGGAAAGCUGCAUCACCUAAUGUAUCUAGAGUUUUAGAAAGUAUUCCGGGGGUUAAGGUUAUACAUAGAACAAGAGAAUUAGAGGAGCAACAAGCUAAAAGCCGUAUAUGGAAUGAAACUUGGUUGUCAAGCUUCUUCUACAAACCUUGUAAUUACGAGUUGUUUGUGAAGCAAUCUUUGAACAUGGAAAUGGCGAUUGUAAUGGCAAGGGAUUCUGGCAUGGAAUGGAUCAUCCAUCUAGACACUGAUGAACUGAUACAUCCAGCAGGAACCCAGGAAUACUCCAUGAGACAGUUGCUAUCUGAUGUGCCUGGAAAUGUUGACAUGGUUAUUUUUCCAAAUUACGAAAGCAGUGUUGAGCGAGAUGAUAUCACGGAGCCUUUCAGCGAGGUCUCAAUGUUCAAGAAGAACUAUGACCACCUUCCAAAGGAUGUAUAUUUUGGAAAUUACAAAGAUGCAACUCGCGGAAAUCCAAAUUAUUUUCUUACUUAUGGAAAUGGAAAAUCAGCUGCUAGGAUUCAGGAUCAUCUCCGUCCUAAUGGUGCACAUAGAUGGCACAACUAUAUGAAGUCACCUAAUGAGAUCAAGUUGGAAGAAGCUGCUGUUCUUCAUUAUACUUACACCAAAUUUUCUGAUUUGACUUCAAGACGUGAUCGGUGUGGCUGCAAGCCUACAAAAGAAGAUGUGAAAAGAUGUUUCAUGUUGGACUUCGACAGAGCUGCGUUUAUAAUUGCUUCAACUGCAACUGAGGAAGAAAUGCUUCAAUGGUAUCGUGAACGAAUUGUGUGGACUAACAAAGCACUAAACAUAAAACUAAUGAGGAAAGGCAUCUUAACUCGCAUUUAUGCUCCCAUGACCAUUAUUCAAAGUUUGAGGGAAUCUGGUGUUUUUAGCUCUGUGAUUGCAAAAGCUGCUCAGACAACAAUAUCAAAAGACAAUUUUUUAAAAUCUGUUGAGAGUAGCAAUUCAACUAGGAAUACCAGAUCAGAAAUGUUAUCUUCUAGAAAAAUUGAUGCUGGUGGAGUAUCCCAAGCUAUUGGAAGAAGAAUCUUGGAGGUUAUAGAUGAUUCAAUUCCCUCAGCAAUCCCACCAUUAUCUCCACCCGACCAUGAUGACACCGACACUGACAUCCUUACAUCCUAAUUUUUUACUGACUCCUUGCCAUGGCCGGAAAUUAUUUUAAACAUGUGUCUGAUACUUGAAUUAUGGAGAUACUUUUUUCAAGAAAUGCAAUGAUAGAAGCACUGGCUGCCAUGAUGGGCUUUUCAGGUUUACGACUCAUGGGAUUUUUCUCGAUCAUUACCCAAGCGCAUUUGUAAAUUUCAGGUAUAGACUUAGUGUAGGAAUCAUACAGAGCAUACUGUUGUAUCUGUUCAUUAUUCUUUUCCUAUUUCUUUUGGGCAGAUCUGCGAUUGUAAUGGAAAUUAGUGGCCUGUUCUAUUUUUGUUCACACACAUUGAGAGAGGCAUGUUAUACAUACAGGUUGAGAUUAUCUCCCCUGGUUGGAGGAAAGGAGAAAUGAUUUAUACAAUGAAAAUGAUGUUUUACCAA